AUGGGCUUUCUCCGCCGAGUCAAUGUGACUACGGAAUCGGAUUUUCCAGCUGGUGACCCUAUCAUACGCUUGGAAUUUGGUUCGAAUAGUGAUUUCGCCGGUGAUGGAAACGCUACAUUUGUGUUGGAUACUCGUGAUCCAAAUAGGAAUUCGACGGGUUACAAGAUCUAUUCGAGUGAAUGGUUCCCGAAACCGCAGCUGAUUCGAUCGGACGCUGAUACAAUUCUAAUAUUUCUAUCAGCAAAUGGAAUUGAAUACAGGCAGCCAGAAGACGAUCCAAUAUUUGCAGCUCAUGAUGGGGCCAACGAUGUUCUUCGCAAUACGAGUCCUAUGAAUGAUGCUCAAUACGGUACGGUGAAACGAAUUGCGGAAUCAGUGCGUCGUUCAACCCUCGGUUGGAUUAUCACAAGUCGACAGGAACGUUCUCUAUGGGCAUCAACCACUGUAUCAGGGAUUGAACAGACAUAUCGUCUUCCUCCAAAUCAGUGGCAAUAUGAAGUGUUGUUCUGGGCCACGACAACCUUUGCUUACAUACAGCGGAGUAUUUUUCAAUAUGCUGCAAAUCACGAUCCCGACUGGAACUUUCUGGUGCGACCUGCUGAUGGGUCAUGGGACAAAGAUAUGUGCUCCAUACAACUCCGUCAAUUACCCAGCGAAUAUACGUCAUUCAGCUUUUUGGGCAUAGCAAUCAUCAUUGUUGUUGGUUCGAUCCUCAUUGUCACUGGCUGGUCUGUGGAUUGGAUAAUGGCGCAUAUAUGGCCUCUUGUACAUCCCGAGAGAUACAGUCAACGAGGCGAAAUCUGCGCUACAGCUUGGAACCUAGACAACAAGUUCCAAUUACAGCGUUUAGCGUUUGAAGGGAAGUCACGCGGUGACUGGAAAGCUCCGGACUCGCGUAUUCCGCGGACGAGAACUCUAUUCCCAACACCCACCACUGUCUGUGAAAUAGCAUCCAAAGCCCUUACUGUGGCUAACGCCCUUCGCUCCCUAGGGAAUACUAUUCGAGGAGUUAAACCUAAUCUACUACAGCAGGCUGUAUCAACCUGUGUACUCCACAAAGCAUACUAUGUAAUACUAGCAGGCGCAAGAGCGCUCCUUCCAGUUUUUCGUACAACCCCAAUAUCUGUUCUAUACCGAGAGUUUAGAUUCUCUCCACCAGAAAUUGAACUAGAUCAAAUAGCCCUCCUAGCAUCUGUCCGCCUACAGCGUCUUGAUCCAUACCACCCACUCCGAAGACGCGCAGAACAGAUAGCCAGAGACGGCCGACAAACCAGUCAAUUUACCCGCCGAGUGCUGGCCCUCCCCAACUCUGAACAGAUAAACCCUCUACAACAUGCUCCCUGGUACCCUCGUGAGUCACGUGAGAGUGCUCAAGCUCGAAUAGGAGCUUCUAUGGGACGCACUAAGGAACAGGCGGCGGCUGAUUUCUCAGUUUUUCAAAAUACUAUUCCUAGCUCUGAUAUUAUAAUCUUUUUAGAUGGGUCUAGACUUGAAAAUGGACAUGCUGGUGGUAACUAUGUUUGUUUUCAAGCACAUCACCAGUUUCUCCAUUCCACGCUCUCUUAUGGACUGGGAAAAGAAGUCUUUGAUGCAGAAGCAGAAGCUGCUCUAGCUAGUGCUCAAGCAGCAAUAGCAUACCCAACAGCUCAAUUUGCUACCAACCUAUGGAUCUGUCUUGACAACCUGGAAGUUACCACACGCCUUCUAUCUCCCUCUAAAGGAUCUUCCCAAGAAGUCUUUGAAUCCUUCUGCACCCUUGCAGCCGCCUGGCCACUCCGCAAAAGGCUUACUCACACCAAAACUGAUCUCGUUGCCAAAGAGGGAGCUGCCUCUAUCCCUCUUUCUCCACACAAGUCCUCAUAUGUCUCGCUAAAGAGAUACGCCAAGCCUCAAUCCCUCUCUGCUGCUCAAACAUGGUGGCAGUCUGUGGCACUACAGACAUAUCAAGACCUAAAAAUAACUACAUCUCCUAAGCGCCCUGGAGAGCUUCAACUCAACUGA